AUGGAUCUGACAUUUAUUGAUAACAAUAGUGUUAUCGACAACAAAACAAGGUCUGUGAUCCGUCGUCAAGCCGCCAAGGGACAAAACCUUGGCCGCAGGAUCACUCGCCCAUCACGUGUGAAAGCAUUCGAACGCCAAGCCUUGGUACAGCCUCUCUUCGCUGUCAAGUCCAGACAUGAGUCUUCAGACGUAUAUCAAGACAACCGCGACGAGGACUAUAACCCUCAUGGAGAUAUUGAGGAUGCGCCCUUACGGAUUGAGCCUGUUAUAGGCGACAGUGUAUCGGUUCUGAGCCUACCUAUAGAUGUAGCGCAAGAAGACAGAGUGCUCAUGUACGAAGCCGUGGCUUUUAUGAAUGCGCCUCGCUGCUUACCUAGUCUCGCCAAAGCUUUUGGCGAAGGAAGCGUCGGUCACUCAAUCUUUCUACAACUCAUAUUCACGGACCAAGCAUAUUAUCAUUGCGCCCUGGCCACAGUUCUCGAGUGCAACCACAUCUCGCCACGGGCCGGUGUUUCCACAAUCCGCCAUCUUACCCAGGCCUUUCGCCUGCUUAACGAGCGCAUAUCCCGAACAGAACAUGUAUCCAAUUCCACACUCGCCGUGGUAAUGAGCUUAUCGACCUACGAAUCUACACGAGGUCGCUACGACCGCGGCAUGAUUCACCUCUCGGGUCUUUUCCGCAUGGUCGAGACGCGAGGUGGCUUAGACCGUGUCGGGGCCGAAGCGCCUGAGAUAAUGCAGAAGAUUUAUAGAGCCGACCUUGACUAUGCCCUCAGGUUUGGUGCUACUCCCAAAUUGAAUAUAAAGCUCUUUGAGAAUUCCAAAGCUAUGGAGAGGCUAAAUAUGCCUUCUGUGCGAGAUCAAAGUACCCUUUCCCCCAGCUUCAACCCAGAGUUUCGAGAGCAACUUGGCCCGGAGCUAUGCGAGCUCUGGAAAAGUGCAGCGGAGAUGUCUAUGCUAGUCAACGAGGCGAGCGCAAACAAACGUUCCAAGUUAUCUAGGGCGAAGUUUCUGAGGAGCUAUAUCUGGCUUGGCCACCGUCUUCUCAACUAUGCUCCUUUGAACAAGCCGCGCUCACUUAAUCGCCUCCAGAGUAUGGCACAUUUAGGUCUCCUGAUGCUGAUCAGCUCCCUCCUAUGCGGUCUCGAUCGCCGCGUUGUGGAAAAUGCAAUCCUAUCACAGUUACUGCGCGAUGAAUCAAGUAUAGAGACCAAUUUCGAGACGCGGGAAAUUCUUCUAUGGAUGUUAUUCAUGGGAGCAGCUGGUAUCCUGCAGGAUCCCAAUCAUGAUGUUUGGCUGAUCCCAAAGACUUGGGAGACGACGCAGGCACUUAGACUAGACACCUGGGACAGUGUAAGAAGCGUCCUUUCCAAGUUUCCGUGGAUGAAUGACUUCUACGAGAGCAGGGCUUCAGCGUUGUUUGUCAAGGUGACUCAGUACCAAAAUGUUCAAUUGUCUCUUUAA